AUGGCGUCACUCCAAUUCCAAUUCACCCCACUGAGAACAACAUUCACCGGCGGCACCAACAACCCACCGCCGCCGCAGCCUUCCAUUCCCCACCGCCUCCACCGCGGCUCACCAAGAAUCUCCUGCCAGAAGGCCCAAUCCGAAUCCCAGCCCACCAAACCCAAAACCCAGCUCCCUCCAGGCCCAUCCAAGCUUCCCCUGAUCGGCAACCUACACAACCUCAUCGGCGCGCUCCCGCACCAAGCCCUCCGAAACCUCGCCGCCGAGUACGGCCCGCUGAUCCAUCUCCAGCUCGGCGAAAUCUCCGCCGCCGUCGUCUCCACCCCGGCGAUGGCCCAAGAAAUCAUGAAGACCCACGACCUCAAUUUCGCCGACCGGCCCCGCCUCCUCGCCUCCGAGAUCGCCACGUGGGGGAGCCAGGACAUCGCCUUCUCCCCUCACGGCGAGUACUGGAAGCAAAUGAAGCGAAUUUCUUUAACCGAGCUUCUGGGUCCGAGAAAGACACAAUCUUUCCGCGGGAUUCGAGAGGCAGAGGUCUCCGCCAUGAUCGCGUCGGUGAGGAAUUCGGCCGGCGAACCGGUCAAUUUAACCGAGAAGGUUCUCACCCUUACGAAUACGAUUACUUGCAAGACCGCGUUUGGGUACCAGUGUAUGGAUCAGGAGGAAUUCGUCGGGUUGAUGAACGGGGCGGUUCGGGCGGCGGCGGGGUUUAACAUCACCGAUUUGUACCCGUCUCUAGGGUUUCUUCAGGGGCUUACGGGGAUGAAAUCGGAGCUUUUGAGGAUCAGAGACGGGCUGGAUCGGAUCUUCGAUAAGAUCAUUAAGCAGCACGAGGAGAAGAGGGCUAAAGGGGAGGUGGAAUUGGAGGAUGAGGAUCUCAUGGAUGUUCUUCUCCGGCUUCAGGGGAGCGGCGGCUUGAAGUGUCCCAUCACUAGCACCAACAUUAAAGCCGUCCUUGUGGAUCUCUUCAUAGCUGGAACAGACACAUCAUCAACAACCGUGGAAUGGGCGAUGUCAGAAAUGGCGAAGAACCCACGAGUGAUGAAGAGGGCUCAAGCGGAGGUGCGAGAAGCCAUGAAAGGCAAAUCGAUAGUGACGGAAGCAGACAUUCAGAACCUGCCGUACUUGAGCUCGGUGAUCAAGGAAACGUUCAGGCUACAUCCUCCGGCGCCGCUCUUGCUUCCAAGGGAAAGCAAAGCAAACUGCGUGGUGGCCGGGUACGAGAUCCCAAAGAAGACGAAAGUGAUCGUGAAUGCUUGGGCGAUCGGGAGGGACCCGGGGACCUGGGAGGAUCCGGAAAGCUUCAUCCCCGAGAGGUUUGACGGAAGCGAGAUCGAUUUCAAAGGGAUGCAUUUCGAGUUGAUCCCGUUCGGAGCCGGAAGGAGGAUAUGUCCUGGAAUCGCUUUCGGGAUGGCGAAUGUCGAGCUCCCUGUAGCUCAGUUGCUCUACUAUUUUAACUGGGAGCUCCCGGAAGGGCUUGCCGUUGACGAUUUCGACAUGGAGGAGUCAUUUGCAGCCACCAUGGGAAGGAAGAAUCCUUUGUACUUGGUGCCGAGGGAAUUCAUUGUGCCUGAUGGUGAGCUGGCUGUUAAUGGAAGUUCUUCUGAUGUUUUGGAGGCUGCUGCAAAUUAA